AUGCCGCCGCCAGAUCCCAAAGCAUCGACAGGCAACUCUCGACCCUGUGAUCUGCACAGUGCAAGCAAGCAGGUCCUCCAGGCACAGUGCAAGCAAGCAGGUCCUCCAGUGCAAGCAAGCAGUCCUCCAGGCACAGUGCAAGCAAGCAGGUCCUCCAGGCACAGUGCAAGCAAGCAGGUCCCUGGUGCACAGUGCAAGCAAGCAGGUCCUCCAGGUGCAAGCAAGCAGUGGCAAGCAAGCAAGCAGUCCCAGGCACAGUGCAAGCAAGCAGGUCCGCACAGCAAGCAAGCAGGUCCUCCAGGCACAGUGCAAGCAAGCAGGUCCCCCAGCACAGUGCAAGCAGCAGGUGGCACAGUGCAAGCAAGCAGGUCCUCCAGGCACAGUGCAAGCAAGCAGGUCCUCCAGGCACAGUGCAAGCAAGCAGGUCCCCAGGCACACACCUCCAGCACAGUGCAAGCAAGCAGGUCCCCCAGGCACAGUGCAAGCAAGCAGGUUCCUCCAGGCACAGUGCAAGCAAGCAGCCCCAGCACAGUGCAACUCACAGUGCAAGCAAGCAGGUCCCCCCACCACAAGCAGGUGGCACAGUGCAAGCAAGCAGGUCCUCCAGGCACAAGCAAGCAGGUAGGCACAGUGCAAGCAAGCAGGCCCCCAGGCACAGUGCAAGCAGCAGGUCCUCAGGCACAGUGCAAGCAAGCAGGGCACAGUGCAAGCAGCAGGUCCCCGGCACAGUGCAAGCAAGCAGGUCCUCCAGGCACAGUGCAAGCAAGCAGGUCCCCCAGGCACAGUGCAAGCAAGCAGGUCCUCCAGGCACAGUGCAAGCAAGCAGGUCCUCCAGGCACAGUGCAAGCAAGCAGGUCUCCAGCACAGUGCAGCAAGCAGGUCCCCCAGGCACAGUGCAAGCAAGGCACAGGUCCCAGACAGUGCAAGCAAGCAAGUCCUCCAGGCACAGUGCAAGCAAGCAAGGUCCUCCAGGCACAGUGCAAGCAAGCAAGCAGGUCCUCCAGGCACAGUGCAAGCAAGCAGUCUCCAGGCACAGUGCAAGCAAGCAGGUCCUCCAGGCACAGUGCAAGCAAAGCAGGCCUCCAGGCCAGUGCAAGCAAGCAGGUCCCCCAGGCACAGUGCAAGCAACAGGUCCUCCAGGCACAGUGCAAGCAAGCAGGUCCUCCAGCAGUGCACAGUGGCACAGUGCAAAGCAAGCAGGUCCCCAGGCACAGUGCAAGCAAAGCAGGUCUCCAGCACAGUGCAAGCAAGCAGGUCCUCCAGGCACAGUGCAAGAAACAGGUCCUCCAGGCACAGUGCAAGCAAGCAGGCCUCCAGCACAGUGCAAGCAAGCAGGUCCUCCAGGCACAGUGCAAGCAAGCAGGUCCUCCAGGCACAGUGCAAGCAAGCAGGUCCCCCAGGCACAGUGCAAGCAAGCAGGUCCUCCAGGCACAGUGCAAGCAAGCAGGUCCUCCAGGCACAGUGCAAGCAAGCAGGUCCCCAGCAGUGCAAGCAAGCAGGUCCUCCAGGCACAGUUCAGCAAAGCAAGCAGGUCCCCCAGGCACAGUGCAAGCAAGCAAGGCACAGUGCAAGCAAGCAGGUCAGGCACAGUGCAAGCAAGCAGGUCCCAGGCACAGUGCAAGCAAGCAGGUCCCCCACAGUGCAAGCAAGCAGGCCCCAGGCACAGUGCAAAGCAAACAGGUCCUCCAGGCACAGUGCAAGCAAGCAGGUCCUCCAGGCACAGUGCAAGCAACAGGUCUCCCAGGCACAGUGCAAGCAAGCAAGGUCUCCAGGCCACAGUGCAAGCAAGCAGGUCCUCCAGGCACAGUGCAAGCAAGCAGUCCUCCAGCACAGUGCAGCCAGCCUCACAGUGCAAGGCAAGCAAGCAGGCCCUCCAGGCACAGUGCAAGCAAGCAGGUCAGGCACAGGUCCUCCAGGCACAGUGCAAGCAGCAGGUCCUCCAGCACAGUGCAAGCAAGCAGGCUCCUCCCACAGUGCAAGCAAGCAGGUCUCCCAGGCACAGCAGGCAGGUCCUCCAGGCACAGUGCAAGCAAGCAGGUCCUCCAGGCACAGUGCAAGCAAGCAGGGUGCCACAGAGAGUGCAUUUGCAUGGGAAGGGCCGCUCCUUCGCCAUUUUAA